GAGGGGAGGCGAGAGAGGGCUUUUAUAGCGAGAGAGAAAACCUAACCAUAGCGCCGUCUGAGGUGAAGGCUUUGGAUUCGUAAUCUUUUUAUCUUCUUAUCCCGAACGCACAAACCCUAGGGAGGCCAAAACCCCCAAAUCCCCCAACGCCAAGAUGAAUAGGGAGAAGCUUAUGAAGAUGGCUGGUGCGGUUCGCACUGGUGGAAAGGGCAGCGUGAGGAGGAAGAAGAAGGCUGUUCACAAGACAACCACCACAGAUGACAAAAGGCUUCAGAGCACCCUUAAGAGAAUAGGGGUGAAUGCUAUUCCUGCUAUCGAGGAAGUUAACAUAUUUAAGGAUGAUGUAGUUAUCCAGUUCAUAAACCCCAAAGUUCAAGCUUCAAUUGCUGCCAACACUUGGGUUGUUAGUGGCUCUCCUCAAACAAAGAAGUUGCAAGAUAUUCUUCCCAGUAUUAUCAGCCACUUGGGGCCAGAUAACUUGGACAAUUUGAAGAAGUUGGCUGAGCAGUUCCAGAAGCAAGCACCUGGUGCUGGUGGAGCUGCUGCACAAGAGGACGAUGAUGAUGAGGUUCCCGAGCUUGUGGCUGGGGAAACAUUUGAAGCCGCUGCAGAGGAGAAGAACAAGGAGGAGAAUCAAGCUUCGUAGGGAAUUUUAAGGGGAUUUUGUGUCAUUUUAUAUACUUUUGAUGCUGGGGAAGUUUUUGAUUUUGUUUUUACCUUGUCAUGUCUGACCAUGUUUGAUGGAUUCUCCUUAUGAUACAUUGGGUAGUAGUCUAUCUUUUGGUUAAAAUUUAGUUUUACUAUUUCUGAA